AUGCGCGCCGCUGCAAUGACUGAACCCGGCAACUUCGAACCCGAGCUUGCGAACACGGCUUGCGAGCUGAGCGCUUUCCGAGAUGAACUCCGCCGCUUCGCCACACGCCGCAAGACAGAGGCUCAGAGCUCGACCUUUGCAGGUGAUUCUGCCGGUGGAGGAGGGCCUGCCGAGGCAAACGGAGAUGGACUCUUCCAAGAGCUCCAAGAAGGCCGCGGCGGCCCUGUGUCGCUGGGGGAAUUGGACUUGCCUUCGAUGGAUCCCCCGAGCUUGCCCAAGGGACUUGCAGCACGGCUUAGGGUGGCAGCGGCGGAAUGUGAGGCCAAAGAGCCCGUGUCGGUGUCCAGGCAAACCGUCGAUGCGAAUGCGACCCAAUCUUGCUCUGCCGUGGAAGUCUUCGUGAACAGUGGCGGCUCCACUUCUCUGCCACAAUGCUACGCGGAAGAUCACGGGCUUUGCACGGCCGCAGCCGCUGUCCGAAAGACGGAGGUGACCGAGGCCGAACUGGCCCAGGUGGCCGAGGUGAGGAGACUGCGAAACGAGUUGGCAGCUGCGGAGAUGCGCUCACUGGAGAUGGAGGGUCGCCAGGACGAGCUGCUCGCAGAGCUGAAGGCGUUUCAGCUCGAGAUCCGCCAGGAGGAGGCCUACAACCAGGAACUAAGAGCCGAAGCUCAGCCGGCUGGAGAGAAGCAUGCAGCGAGGGAGCUGACGGCUGCUGGAGCCAAGCUUUUCAGACUGCUUCAAGCACAGUACGUGAUGGCUAGGCCCGAAGCCCUGGCUGGCCAAAGGCCAUUGUACAGUCUGCCGAAAAGCUCAGCCUUCGAUGAAGCUGCGAGGACACUCCUGUCGGAGAUGUCUGCGUCUCUUCAAGCCCUGCAGGAGGCUCCAUGCUUGAGAGGGCAGGGACACCGUACUGCCACAGGAGCGUAUGUUGCGAAGCUUAGUCCGGACAGAAGUCUCCUUCGGUCCUCACCUUCAGAUUCGCGCAAUGGCAGAAAGAGUUGA